AUGCGCCUUGGCCUGUCAGCAUUCUGACAACCAAACCCAAAUGCCACUGCACUUUUCUUCUCUCUCGUUAUCUCCGAAGCAAGUAUCUCAGGUUUUCAAAGUUGUCAAAAACAUGAAAUAUUUCUGCCAAGUCAGCCAAGAUGCUUGUCGCCUUGUUUUCAAAGCUUCAUUUAUCUCCCGAAGAAUAAUGAGAUUGAUCCAGAAGUCGGAUGACAUACAACAAACUCGCUACCGAUAAAGUAAGGUAAACUUCUCGUCAAAUCCUUCCAGCGUAGUGGGAAUACAUGGAGAUCUCUCUCGAGCACGCAAUGCGCGCUAUGCAUUCAUUUGGAUGGCAAGCUGAAAAGUAUUUCGGUUUGCCCCUCCUUGCACGUUCAAGAAGCUGAUCUUCUACACAAAACUAUGCCCUUCCUCCUUCUAGAAGGCUUCUGUUCUUCUUCUUUCCUGUCAAUUGUAUGAUGUGCUUUAGUUCCCACUAGUCAAGUAUUCGGGUACUUCUACAUCACUUCACCCCCCCACCCCCCCCCCCCCCCCCCCCACUUGCGGCUCUCACCUGUUCAUCAACCGUACGUCACUCUUGACGACCAUGUCGAACUCACCAGUUCACGACGCCAAAGUCGUCCACCACAGCGACAAUGACAAGGAUAUCGAAGGCAGCAAAUCGCCUGCUCUCUAUGAUCUCAAUAACGACCACCGUGUCGUCGCCGACAAACUCGCGCGAAAGCUUUCCGCAAGACAGGUUCAGAUGAUCGCCAUUGGAGGCACCAUCGGAACAGGUCUCUUCCUCGGAACAGGAAAAUCACUUGCGACUGGUGGGCCGGCAUCUAUGCUUAUUGCCUAUGCGAUUGUUGGUGCGAUCGUGUUGUUGACGAUGUUGGCGCUGGGUGAGAUGGCUGCGUAUGUUCCAAUUGCGGGGUCUUUCUGCACGUUUGCGGGUAGAUAUGUUGAUGAUUCUCUGGGGUUUGCGUUGACUUGGAAUUAUUGGUUUAAUGAUGCAGUUUCUACAGCUGCUGAUUUGGUUGCACUGCAAAUUGUUUUUGAGUAUUGGGAUACCAAUUUACCGGGAUGGGGACUAAGUCUCAUUUUCUGGGUGUUCCUUGUUCUUGCAAACAUUAUUACUGUUAGAGCUUAUGGUGAACUUGAAUACUGGCUUAGCUUGUUGAAAGUCGUGACGAUUGUCAUUUUCAUCAUCCUCGGAAUUGCUGUAAAUUGCGGCGGCAAUACCGAACACAGAUACCUAGGAGCAGGUAAUUGGUAUAUCGGUGAUGCACCCUUUGUCGGCGGUAUUGGAGGCUUCGCAUCCGUCUUCGUGACUGCAUCAUUCGCCUAUGGCGGCACAGAAUCCAUCGCAAUCACAGCCGGAGAAACCAAGAACCCAACCAAGAAUCUCCCCCGUGUAGUCAAGAACGUCUUCUGGCGUAUCCUCCUCUUCUACAUCCUCUCCGUCCUCAUCAUCGGUCUCAACGUCCCUUACACUUACCCAAACCUCUCAACCAAGGAAUCAUCCACCUCCCCAUUCACAAUCGUCUUCCAAAUGGCCGGCGCCAAAGCUGCAGGCUCAUUCAUCAACGCCGUCAUCAUGACCUCCGUAAUCAGCGCAGGCAACCACGCCCUAUUCGCCGGAGCACGUCUCAUGUACUCCCUCUCGGUCGAUCGCCACGCCCCCAUGUUCUUCGCCAAACUGAACCGCAACAAAGUCGCCUGGAUAGCCGUCCUAGCUACAAGUGCCAUCAGCGGUCUCUGUUUCGGCGCGUCGUUCAUCGGCGCCGGCCAACUCUGGACUUGGCUUCAGAACAUCGUUGGUGUCUCGAACCAAAUCGCAUGGACUGCCAUAGCAGCUACAUCCAUCCGUUUCCGCGGCGCCAUGGAACGCCAAGGCAAGACUCACCUCCUUCCCUUCAGGAACCUCACGUAUCCUUAUGGACCUUGGAUCUCUCUCGUGCUCAACAUCGUCAUCAUCCUCGUUCAAGGCUGGAGUUCAUUCAGUCCUUCUUUCUCAGCGGUCGAUUUCGUGAGUUAUUAUAUCGAGAUCCCUAUCAUGAUCGUUAUGUAUUUUGGUUGGAAGAUGUGGAAGAGGACGAGGAUUGUGAGUUAUGAGGGGAUGGAUCUGGAGACGGAUGUUUAUGUUGUUGAUGAGCAUGAUUUGGCUGAGAACGAGAAGGAGAAGACUGCGAGGGGGAUGGUUGAGCGGGUUAUUCGGUGGAUAUUCUAGGGUGCUGGAUCAUCGGAUGGACAUGUUUUAUUUGGCGUGUUAAGGGGAAUACCUCAUCUAGCGACUUUUUCACGUGCUUUUAUUCGAACUCUGAAUUCUGAAAUCCGAAUCAGAAAUUUGAGACGAGAUUGCCAUUUCCUCACUUCCACCCCGUCUACACGCGCACUUCUCCAGAAGAGAAACAAGAGUAAAAGGGCAGCAAAAAAUUGGCCGGCCUUAAGGGACAGACCAGGUUCUCUGUUGACAAAACUGCAAAAUCUCCUACUCCCAAGUACUAGUCGAUUGCAGACAACUAACUACCUCUCAAUUAUUCUAUCUCGUAUUCAAAGAAUCAGGAGGACAUCUUGACCAGAGCUUGAUACUACUUCUUACACUCUAUAGCAAUCUUACCUACCUUAUCCGGAC